AUGAAGAUGCUGCAGUUGCAAAUUGUUCUGCUCUCUCUGUUCGGAGUUCCUACAGACAGCAGUAACUGGUCGGUGUUUUAUCCUGAGAGAAAUAUCUGUGCUGUGAGAGGGUUCAGUGCCACCCUUCCCUGUAAUUAUUCCUACCCACAGAGUGGGUAUAAGGUGGUACAAAUGCUCUGGUGCUUAAUGAACUCGAUCUCUGAAUGGUGUGAGAAGCCACCGUAUGUUUACAACAGCUCAUCAAAUGUCACUUCAGACUUUGUGUACGGUGGAGACGACAAAUCAAACUGUACUCUGUUCAUCCAGAAUGUAAAAUUUAAUUAUUCUGGAUUUUACAAAUUCAGAUUUAUAACUGAUGAUACUGCUGGUAAAUGGACAGGACAUCCUGGAGUGAAUCUUACAGUCUCAGAUUUAAAGGUGGAACUAAUCAGGCUCAGUGGAAACGGGACCCUUAAACCAGGGGAUUCCUUAAAUCUGACAUGUCACGUGAACUGCACACACAGUUCCUCACAGAUUGUUUGGUCGAAGAACAACCAGAACCUGGACAGAUCAGGACCCGUUCUUCAGUUUUCCAAUCUAACUGUGGAGGAUUCUGGGAGUUAUACCUGCAUGUGGAACAGCAGCAUGAGCUCAGGAUCUGAUACGAUCAGCAUUCAGGUGGAGGGUGGUAACUGGGCGGUGUUUUAUCCUGAGAGAAAUAUCUGUGCUGUGAGAGGGUUCAGUGCCACCCUUCCCUGUUAUUAUUCCUACCCACAGAGCGGGUAUAAGGUGGUACAAAUGCUCUGGUGCUUAAUGAACUCUCAAUUUUGUGAGAACUCACUGAUUGUUUAUAACAGCUCAUCAAAAAUCACUCCAGACUUUGUGUACGGUGGAGACGACAAAUCAAACUGUACUCUGUUCAUCCAGAAUGUAAAAUUUAAUUAUUCUGGAGAGUACAGAUUCAAAUUUAUAACUGAUGUUUCUGAUGGUAAAUGGUCAGGACAUCCUGGAGUGACUCUUACAGUCUCAGAUUUAAAGGUGGAACUAAUCAGGCUCAGUGGAAACGGGACCCUUAAAUUAGGGGACUCCUUAAAUCUGACAUGUCACGUGAACUGCACACACAGUUCCUCACAGAUUGUUUGGUCCAAGAACAACCAGAACCUGGACAGAUCAGGACCCGUUCUUCACUUUCCCAAUCUAACCGUGGGGGAUUCUGGGAGUUAUACCUGCACGUGGAGGACCAACGUAAGCUCGGGAUCUGAUACGAUCAGCAUUCAGGUCGAGGGUGGGUCCAUCAGCUCAGGCGAAUCAACACUGAGCAGAAGAUCGACGUACAGUGAUGAUGAAGUGAUGAAUCUUUAA